AUGGCAGCAAUGACUUUUGAUCUUGCCAACUUUCCACCGAAGGAAACAAUUCAACUGUUGGCAUGUCUACUCGAGCGGAUGACGGUCGCUAAUGAUCAAUUGCCGAAAUCGACAUCGACGGUCGGCCAUCAUACUGCCUACACUCGGUUCCACUCCCGUUCGACUCCGUCCAUCAAUAUCUAUGCAUAUCUUUCCCGCAUUCUGAAAUAUUGUCCUUGUGCCAAUGAGUGUUUCCUAAGUAUACUGGUCUACUUUGAUCGCAUGUCAAAAAAUGCCUCAACAUGGACCGGUCAGCUGUUUGCUAUUGAUUCGUGCAAUAUCCAUCGUCUCAUCAUUGCAGGGGUGAUGAUUGCCAGCAAAUUCUUCAGUGACGUUUUUUACACAAACACACGUUAUGCAAAGGUGGGCGGACUAUCGAUCACGGAGCUGAAUUUGCUGGAACUGGAGUUUCUGCGUCUAAGCAACUAUGACUUGAAUGUGUCUGUGCAUGAAUUACAGCGAUACGGUGACCAGCUAUUG